UCAAGCCAGUGCUAUUAAUAUCAGGUAAUGAACGUAAUCUGGAGGUUAAGCUAUCCUCUUAUGCUGCUGACCGCUGCGCAGCUCCCGGGCACAGACACUCCCCCUGCACUGCUCCCUGUGCCUGCCUCCAUCUCCCGGCCCCCCGGAUCUGCUGGGGCUCUGCCUCUCCCCGGCCUCUUGGGACCCCUCAGGGCCAUUCCAGGGGGACCCCCCGUGCAUGGCUCCGUGCCCCAAGGAUCACCCUGGGAGCCCUGCUGGCAUGGCCCCUCCCUCACCUUGCUAGUGCCAGAGGUUGUGGGACAGGAGCUGAAGUGUGGGCAGGGACAGGGGGUGGCACCCUCAGUCCAGGAUCGCCCCUGGGUCGGUGGCAGGGGGAGAUGAGCAGCCCCCCAGCCUUCUCCAGUGUCCGCAUCUCCGGCUGCUGGGCCCUUGGGCCGGAUGCAGGCAGCAGCGCUGAAUCCCUGGACAGGCUGUAUCCCACUGUGGGCUCCACCAAGCCCCCCCGCAAGCGGACCACUAGCCAGUGCAAGUCGGAGCCCCCGCUACUGCGCACCAGCAAGAGGACCAUCUACACAGCAGGGCGGCCCCCCUGGUACAACGAGCACGGGACACAGUCCAAGGAGGCCUUUGUCAUAGGCCUAGGAGGAGGCAGCGCCUCUGGGAAGACCACGGUGGCCACCAUGAUCAUUGAAGCUCUUGAUGUCCCGUGGGUGGUUCUGCUGUCCAUGGACUCCUUCUACAAGGUGCUGACCAAGCAGCAGCAGGAGCAGGCAGCCAGCAAUGACUUCAACUUUGACCACCCCGAUGCCUUUGACUUUGACCUCAUCAUCGCCACCCUGAAGAAGCUGAAGCAAGGCAAGAGUGUCAAGAUCCCCAUCUACGACUUCACCACCCACAGCCGCAAGAAGGAAUGGAAAACCCUGUAUGGUGCCAAUGUGAUUAUCUUCGAGGGCAUCAUGGCAUUUGCAGACAAGGAGCUCCUGAAGCUCUUGGAUCUGAAGAUAUUUGUGGACACGGACUCAGACAUCCGCUUGGUGCGCCGCCUGCGCAGGGACAUCAGUGAGCGCGGCCGGGACAUCGAGGGGGUCAUCAAGCAGUACAACAAGUUUGUGAAACCUGCCUUCGACCAGUACAUCCAGCCCACCAUGAGGCUGGCAGACAUCGUUGUCCCCCGAGGGAGUGGAAACACUGUGGCCAUCGACCUGAUUGUUCAGCACGUCCACAGCCAGCUGGAGGAGCGUGAACUCAGUGUCAGUGCUCUUGGCUUUCCAUGUUCUCCAAGGCUUGAGAAGAUCAUCAUCAUUCAGGAGGGGAACACCCCUGGGAACCCUAGGAAGCUGCGCUGGGAUAUGGCUGCCCUGGCUUCUGCCCACCAGUGCCAUCCGCUUCCUCAGACCCUCAGUGUGCUGAAGAGCACCCCUCAGGUGAGGGGCAUGCACACCAUCAUCAGAAACAAGGAGACCAGCAGAGACGAGUUCAUUUUCUACUCCAAAAGGUUGAUGCGUUUGCUGAUUGAGCACGCGCUCUCCCUGCUCCCGUUCCAGAGUUGCACAGUCCAGACCCCUCAGGGACAUGACUACGAAGGGAGGACAUACAGCGGGAAGCAAAUUACCGGGGUGUCCAUCCUGCGAGCGGGAGAGACCAUGGAGCCGGCGCUGCGCGCCGUGUGCAAGGACGUGCGCAUUGGCACCAUCCUCAUCCAGACCAACUGCAACACCGGCGAGCCGGAGCUCCACUACCUGCGGCUGCCGAAGGACAUCAGCGAGGACCAUGUCAUCCUGAUGGACUGCACGGUCUCCACGGGUGCUGCAGCCAUGAUGGCAGUGAGGGUGCUGCUGGAUCAUGAUGUCCCAGAGGACAAGAUCUUCCUGCUCUCCCUGCUCAUGGCAGAGAUGGGUGUCCACUCGGUCGCCUAUGCAUUCCCCCGGGUGAAGAUCAUCACCACGGCUGUGGACAAGAAGGUGAAUGACCUCUUUCGGAUAAUCCCCGGCAUUGGGAAUUUUGGUGAUCGGUACUUUGGGACGGAUGCUCCUCCUGACUGGAGUGAUGAUGAGGAUGCUCUUAGCACUUAGCUGGAUGUGGAGGUGCCACUGGCGCCAGGCAGCUUCAGCACCGCACCUUAACCCCUCUGUCCAGUGCAGAUUCCUCCUUCCUCUCACCAAGCAUAGAUAUUUUUUUCAAAUCUUCAUCGGAGAUCUAGGGCAUAUUUUUUCAGAGAAACAUAAAUCCUAGUUUGACUUUAUGGACAGUUGCGUGUCCCAGCAUAGAGCGGAGUUAAUUUAUUUUAAUU